AUGUCCAGGAAUGAUGCAUUGUCUGAAAUCAGAAUGGCAGCUAGACUCUGGUUCAGUGGACCUGAAGACCUGUUACAUGAUGAAAUCCCACUCAACCCUUGGCAAGAUGAUACAGAAAGCCAGCUUAUCAAGCCAUUCCAUGCCCACCACACCUGCACUAGGAUGAUAAUCAGUCACUAUGAAAACUCAUUAGCCUCCACAGCAAUGAGUCCUCCACUGCUCAAGCUUGGUGCUGUCCUUAGUACCAUGGCAAUGAUUUCUAACUGGAUGUCCCAAACGCUCCCAUCAUUGGUAGGACUAAACACCACCAGGCUGUCCACUUCUAAUACUCUAACUCAAAUCAGCCCCAAAGAAGGAUGGCAAGUCUAUAGUUCCGCCCAAGACCCAGAUGGAAGGUGCAUUUGCACUGUGGUUGCUCCAGAACAAAACCUGUGCUCCAGAGAUGCCAAGAGCAAGCAGCUUAGACAGCUACUGGAAAAGGUUCAGAACAUGUCCCAGUCCAUUGAAGUUUUAAACCUACGGACUCAGAGAGAUUUCCAGUACGUUUUAAGGAUGGAAACACAAAUGAAAGGGCUGAAGGCCAAGUUCCGGCAAAUUGAAGAUGACCGGAAGACGCUAAUGACAAAGCACUUUCAAGAGCUGAAAGAAAAGAUGGAUGAGCUGUUGCCACUGAUACCAGUCCUGGAACAGUACAAAACUGAUGCUAAGUUAAUCACCCAGUUCAAAGAGGAAAUUAGAAAUCUGUCUUCAGUCCUCACCGGGAUCCAGGAGGAAAUUGGCGCCUAUGAUUAUGAGGAACUCCACCAGCGAGUGCUCAGUUUGGAAACCAGGCUUCGAGACUGCAUGAAAAAGCUUACAUGCGGCAAAUUGAUGAAGAUCACUGGCCCUAUUACAGUCAAGACAUCGGGAACCCGGUUUGGCGCUUGGAUGACGGAUCCAUUAGCAUCAGAGAAAAAUAACAGAGUCUGGUAUAUGGACAGUUACACCAACAACAAAAUAGUCCGUGAGUACAAAUCGAUAGCAGACUUUGUCAGCGGAGCCGAGUCGAGGACAUACAACCUCCCUUUCAAGUGGGCAGGGACCAACCACGUUGUCUACAAUGGCUCCCUCUUCUUCAACAAGUACCAGAGCAACAUCAUCAUCAAGUACAGCUUCGAUACGGGCCGGGUGCUGGCUCAGCGCAGCCUGGAGUACGCCGGCUUCCACAACGUCUACCCAUACACUUGGGGCGGCUUCUCGGAUAUCGACCUGAUGGCGGACGAAAUUGGCUUGUGGGCCGUCUACGCAACCAAUCAGAACGCGGGCAACAUCGUCAUCAGCCAACUGAACCAGGACACAUUGGAAGUGAUGAAAAGCUGGAGCACUGGCUACCCAAAGAGAAGUGCUGGCGAAUCCUUCAUGAUCUGUGGCACCUUGUACGUCACCAAUUCUCACUUAACUGGAGCCAAGGUGUACUACUCCUAUUCCACGAAAACCUCCACGUACGAAUACACGGAUAUCCCCUUUCAUAAUCAAUAUUUUCAUAUAUCCAUGCUUGACUACAAUGCCAGAGAUCGGGCUCUGUAUGCCUGGAAUAAUGGGCACCAAGUCCUGUUCAAUGUCACACUUUUCCACAUAAUUAAGACUGAGGAUGACACAUAAACUCAACCUUGAUAUUCUGGCCACCUGAAAGCAGUGUCAUUUGUGCUGAACUCAAAAGCAUUCUGCUGGGUUUCUCUUAAGUUCUCUUUUUUCCAGUAAGAAUUAAGAAAAGGAAAUGGGGGGGAGGGAAGCUUUUUCUACAGUAUCAUGUAUUCCAAAUAUGGCGGAGCCUUUAUUUAAAAUGAUCUGGAUGGGAUUAGAGGUAACUUUCUUAACUCUACACCAGGCCUGCCAUGACUUUGUCAUGGAAAGCACUAAAGUUUAUUUCAGUGGCUAAAGACAUUGUUUAAAAAAUAAUUUAAAACAAGAUUAAUGAUCUGCCUUAUAUUAGAGUCAGAGACUAAUGGUGGCUUAACUGCAUGAAUGUCUUUUUCUACCAUAUAUCAUUUUUUUAAACAAAAGCAAUCUGUCUAAAUGCUCAACAUCAAAAUAUAUUUGGACAGUAAUCUGAAAUAGAAUGUGCAUCGAUAUUAUUUGGGUUUCUCUUUAAAGCAACAAACAACAACCACACUCUCUUCUAAAGUCAAAUACUUAAGAAUCAGAUUUCUUUGGAGGUGAAAAGAAGUAAAAUUCUAUUGGCUGUUACACAAUUUCAGAUGCGGUGCUGUACAGUCUGUUUUUAAACUUCUUGCAAGCAAUUUCUCAGUGAUAUGUAUUUAUACCAUUGUGUCCAC